AGAGCAACAAAUAUAUAUCUUUUCUCAUAAAUAAAACACCCUUCCUUCUUCCAUGGCAAGUGGGGAGGAAAAUGCUUCUUCUAGCAAAAUAGACUAUACGUCCCCCUAUUUCUUGGGACCUCAAGAUAGAUCCGGUGAUUUUAUCACCCCGGUUCGUUUGAGUGGAGACAAUUAUGAUGAUUGGUCGAGUUCGAUUCGACUAGCACUACGCGCUAGGCGAAAGUUUAGCUUCGUCAAUGGGGUGAUCAAUAAGCCGGAACCUCCAUGUACGGAGGAAGAUUGGUUGACUAUACAUUCUAUGUUGGUCUCUUGGAUUUUGAAUACUAUAUUACCGGAGAUAUCUGGAGGAAGACGUGAUGAUCCCAUUUUCGAGGAGCCACCACUAGGACGGGAAGACCCGCCGCCACAGCCUGAUAUCCCCUUUGCUACUAUUGCUGAUCGCAGACGCUUCCAGGCAUGGGGGCAAUACCGCACACUCCUUCCUCCCAUGAUCCUGGACCCGACGAUGCUAGAGGAAUGGGGGUACUGGGAUGACAUUGAUGCCCUGCUAGGAGACUCUUUAUGGCGGAGGAUUCUAUUCGUUCAGGAGAGGGCCAGCCUUCCAUUGACGAUGGAGUUUCUGUGCUCCGUUCAGUUCACUCAUUACAGACAGGCUGUGCAGGAGGGUGCUGUUAUUGGGUCAGAGUCUCGGAUGAGGUUUACUAUUCUAGGAAUGGAGCACUCCAUCACUGUGGCUGAGCUCGGAUGGAGGAUGGGGCUCUAUACCCCAGCAUACACACAGACUGAGGAGUUCCGUGCUCUUCCGACCCGCUUACCCGAGGCAUUUGACAUUGAUGAGUUCUGGCACAGACACUCCACAGACACCAGAUCAUUUCUCCGGAUGCACCCCCAUUCGAACAAAUGGAGGGAGACUCACUGGUACAUACUCUCGUUCGUACUUUCUUGUGGUUUUUUUGGACGACCUAACAACACAAACAGGUUGUCCAAAAAGGACAUACUAUUCUUUUGGAGUUUGAUUCACCGCAUCCCGGUGAAUAUGGCUGUCCUUAUGGCUCGUUUCUUCCGGAGUCAGGGGAAGACUGUGCGGCGCACUAUCCAGACAGGGCCUUUCAUCACUACUCUCGUUAGAUCAUUCUACCCAGAUCUAGACAUUCCAGGACUAGUGCACUUACAGGAUAGCAUCCGCGUUCUUCGAUCCUCAUCCUUUACCAACAUGAGGAUCAAGAAGAAGCGGAACACUCAGGAGCUCCCAGGUAUUGAGCAGCCGACCCAGCAGAGUAGUUCUUCUCGACCCUCAGGACAUGAGGGAUCUAGCGAGCCCUUUUCAUACAUGCCUAGCGCCGCAGAUUGGAGAGCGAUGAUGGAUGGGAUGAGGAGUCUACAGACCUCAGUCUCAGAGAUGCGGGUUGCACAGGACAGAGGAUUCCAGGAGAUGCGAGAUGCGCAUGAGACGGCCCUAGGAGAGUUCAGAGACUUUCGAUUAGCUCAGGAGAGAGCCACCCGGGAUAUGCAGGCGGAGCUAGAGACCCAGAGGCUAGAUAUUGAUGAGAUGAGAGAUUGGCUUAGGCCACACUAUGGCCCCCAGGAUGGCGCAGGC